GGGAGAUGCUGCUGGGUGAAUCUGUGGUUCGCCCUUUCCCUCUCCUCCUACCCCCAUACCGUGCUUACGUUCGUCGUAAAAUCGCUCUCCGUCGUCCUCAAAAUUUCGCUGCUCAACGUCCCAGAAAUUAUCGUCAUUAUCUUCAUCGUCGUCAAGAUUGUUGUCCGUCUCCCCUGUGUCGACCUCUCUUGCUGUGUCCCAAGGAUCACGCCUUUCUCUCGUCGCUAUCGUCAAGAAAAUCCAAACCCCAAAAAUAUCUCGUCUCUCUUGCUCUGUUCCCUUCUCGUCUUGUCUCUUCUCGUCUCAAGAAACUCUCAAAAUAACAAAAACAUCUCGUCUCUCUUCCUCCGUUCUGCGUCUCCUUUCAAGAAAUUCUAAAACCGACAAAAACAUCUCGUCUC